GCUCACUUCCUGUGGCGAUCGCAGAGGUGGCGGAAGUACGUCAGCUGUCUCUACUGUGGGGCUUUUUCACCGCACCGAGUGACUUCAAUUUCAGACGCAGGGAAAACGGACGAGAUCGGACUAAAAAGCUGCAUUUUCUUUUUCUUUAAACAAAGAGGCACUUAUCGAAAGAUUCGUAGGGAAAGGAAGCGGGAAAGAAGCGACCCACCCCAGGAGCGGCCGGAUCGCCCAGGACGGAGACGGAGACGGAGAAUGGAUGUAUAAAGUACCGCAGGCCUGGGAAUAUCCGAUGGUGUCUUUUCCUUUGAAAUGGAUGUGGCUUGAACGCGGGGGGUGGGGAUGUUAUGAAUCUUUUUCGCAGCCGAACACAGUGAAUUUUUGAAAACAUCACGAUCCGGCGGAUUGAGGGAUCCGCGAUAUAUGAUCGCACCCCCGUUCAAAACUGUCUUAAGUGUUAGCGCAACUCGGAAAAGGAGAGAAAGCGGCUGACUCUGUGGUGAAACUUGUGAAUAUCACUAGCUAAGCUAGCCGUCGGCGGCGGAUUGUUGUUUUAUGUGCGGAAUCGGAGCGUUUGUAGGCAUAUUUUGUGCACGCCGAUGUUUUCUUUUUAUCAUUUUUAAAUGAUAUUUCCUACGCGGCGGUCGGGUCAUGGAUAGAGUGGUGGACACGACGAGGUAACGAUGUGAUUUAUUAUUGUGUUUUCUGCUGUAUGCAGCAGCUCUUCCUCCCUCCGUUCGUUCGUUCGUCUCCGAUCAAGUAAAGUUGCAGCGCGAGCGAAACGUUUACAUUUUCCCUAGAUCCGUGUAACUGUUCCGCGGUGGGUUUUUUUUUCUUUUUCUUUUUUUUUUUUUUUUUCUUUUUCUAGAAACUCGCAGACCGAACCCCGGACAAAGGCAAGCCAAGCGCCGUGUCGUGAGGAGGAAUACCGAGGAGCGCCGCUCGGGUUCGGAUCGUUCGCCGCCGGCGUCGCGAGCUCCGCGGAAAUGUUCGCUCGCGAGGUCCGAUAGGCUCCCAUUCAAGGUCAUUCUCCGAAUCGGAGCGCUCCGGUUUCGCGUGGAAAUUCGCGGAUCCGCCUGUUUCGCGAUUCCCCCCCCCUCCACCACCACCUCUCCCCUCCUUCGUUGGCGUUUCAACCGUCGAUUCCGCCAGGGAGGGGUUGCGAUCCAUCGUAAGAGCGCCGCCGUCGCUCGUUCCCCCUGCGGCGCCCUUCCAACAUGGAUGGGAAGCUGAAGAGCCGGCGCUCGCGCUCCCAGCGGGACCGAGUCCGCAGACGGGAGCUGGCGGGCAGGAGCGACCGCAGCCCCUCGUCGGGCUCCGAGCGAGAGCGGAGCCCCGGCAGGAGCCGCGCGUCGCAGGACCGACAGAAAUGCGGCGUGACAGCCGGCGGUCGGGCUUCGCGCCCCCCGCGCCGGAAGAGACGCGGCUCGUGCUCCCAGGAAGAGGACAUCAUCGACGGCUUUGCUAUAACGAGCUUCGUGAGCCUCGAUUCACUGGAGCUGGUCCUGCAGAAGAAGACGAUGAGCCUCAGGGUGUCCGAUGGAAGGGAGACAUGGGACAGGCAGCCAGCGAAGAGGCCUCGGGCGGAGAACGGUGUGGAGAACGGUCUUCACGAGCAUGGCCUUCUGGACCGCGGGACGGGCUCGGAGCGUGACCGCAGGAACGACCGGGGGAAGAUGAAAACCUACUCGAAGAAGAGCCAGCAGGGGAAGGGCUGGCUGGGCCGACCUGACGGGAACGGCCACGGCGAAGCGAUGGGAGCGUCGAGGAGACCCGACCGGAGCGACUCCCGGGACCCCCUUAGCGAGAGCUCCACCCAUUCGCUGUCAGGACGGGGAUAUUCGUGUGACAGCGAGAGUGACGUUGAUGAUAAGGCUUCAGAUGGCGGAUCAGAGAAGCUCUUCUCCCCCAAUGUCAACAAAGGCCUGACCGCGAAUGAGAGCCGUGACUCCAAGACGUGCACCUCUGGCAGGGUAUCUGGCCUUCAGCGCAGCCAGGAGCAAAGCAGCGAGGCUCCGUUCGGGCCACCUGUUGCCAGCCCAACUCCCGCGUCCCCACCUGCCGGAUCCCCGGCCCCCGCUGCCGCAACCGCUCCACCCCCCAGUGCCCGUGCUGCCUCGCCAUCCCCGCGGCCGAUCAAGACAGAAACAGUCCCCCCGGUUGCCACGCCUCCGUUGCUGAGGGUCCAAUCUCAGCCUCAACCAGAGUUACGAGUCCCGCCCCCGCAGAGGCACACCCCAGGCGCAGCCAACCACCAAUCGUAUCACUCGCGGCCGUGCGACAGUCCGCACAGCAUCAGCAGCCGCAGCAGCAGCAGCACUGCCAGCAGCCACGCCCUCUCCAGGCAUCAGCUCUCUGCAUCCCACCACGCCAGCAGCCGGGCAACCCCCUCUCCUGCCCCGCCUGUGUCCAUCUCCAGCCUCUCCGCCUCACACUAUACCUUACCAAGCCCUGCACACCGUCACCAGGCAAUGUUCGCAAGCCCCGCCCCUCUGCCACCCCCUCCAUCCCUGCCAUCUAACAGCAUUGUGGGACACCACCCUGGAACUGGCUAUCCUGAGCAUGACCUCUUACGGCAGGAGCUGAACAACCGCUUCCUGGUCCAGAGCUCGGAGCGAGGCGGGGGUCCGCCGGCACCCUCCCUCCUAAGGACGGAGUUCCACCAGCACCAACACACGCACCAGCAUCAGCACACGCAUCAGCACACCUUCACACCUUUCCCUGUCGGCCUGCCGCCAGGUGCCAUCAUGGCACCACCCACCGCACCGCCCAUGGUGCGUACCCCAGGCCAAAACUUUGACAAGUUUGCGCCGAAGCUGGACAACCCCUUCCUCAGACACAGUUUCUUCCCUGCUUGCCCACCAGGGAUGCCAGGCAUGGGCCCUCUGCUGCCUCAUGCUGGGCCCUUCAGCUCACUGCAAGGAGCCUUUCAGCCCAAGUCUUCCAACCCCUUGGACAUUGCUGUGCGCCCUGGGGCUAAUCCUCAUGCCCUCUUGCAGAAGGACCCUCGGGUUUCAGACCCUUUCAGAACACUGGUCAGGAAGCCUGGGAAGUGGUGUGCUGUCCAUGUGCAAAUUGCCUGGCAGAUCCAUCACCAUCAGCAAAAGAUGAAGCAGAUGCAGUUGGACCCUCACAAACUGGACCCAAGCGGCAAGCUGGAUCUGCUGAGCCGCCCUCCGGGCCCCCAGGGCAUGUUCCCCGGCCUGACGUACCCCCACGACCUGGCCCGACCCCUCUUUUCCUCCUCAGGUUCCGGCCAUCCUGCUGCAUCACCGUAUGGCCCCUCCCCCCACCACAGCCACUUCUUGCCUGCCGGCCCACUGGGAGAUCCCCUAAGUCGCCCCAGUUCCUUUGGUGGCCUGGGCGGCCUUGCGAGCGGUGCGUUUGGAGGACUGGGCAGCCCCUCCCUCGCAUCUAGUGGUGUUUUCGGACCCAAGGAGGGCCCCGGGUUGCCAGGGUUCGGCAGCCCUCACCACGACCCCUGGAACCGGCUGCAUCGGACCCCACCAUCUUUCCCCACCCCGCCACAGUGGCCCAAGUCCUCAGACACGGAGCGCAACCGCUCAGGUCACGACCAGGAGAAGGAGAGAGAGAGGGAGCUGGAGAAAAGGGACUCGGCUGUUCUGAAGGAGGAGAGGGACAAAGACAGGGAGUCCCGUCAUUCGAAUCGCUCGUCCCCCGCCUCUGCCCCAGCUAGCUACCAGAUCAGCAGCCUCAUGCGCAGCAGCUCCAGCGACACGGUCCGCCACCAGGGUGGUAGCGUGGAGCGGCUCCGCGAAGCCGACAAGGAUCCGCUGUUGGACCGCCACAGGGAGCUGGAGGUCAAAGUGAAAGAGAGCAAGGAGAGGCGUCCGUCGCCCAACACAAAGCCCCUCCUAAAUGAGCCGCACAGCGCAGCCAAGGAGCCGCCUUCUGGAGAAAUGCUGCACUAUGCAAAGCACGAGCUGAAGAUCAAAGAGGAGCGCAAGGAUGACCAGGAGGUUGCAGCGGCAAGCUCAGAACCGGCCUCUCGGCCUCUGCCUCCCCACCUGCUGCCUCAUCCUUCCCAGGCCUCCCCUCGCUGCAGCGACCCAUCGGUCUCGGGCUCCUUGCACGGGGCCCACUUGCCGCAAUCGCUGACUCUGUCUAUGGGUGCCAUGCACCCCAUGGGCAGCCUGAGCAGCUUGGACCGCAGUCGCGCGCCGCCGUUCCUGGGGGUGAGCCCACUUGGCGCCAGCCGCGAGCGCCUGCCCCAUUCGGCUUUCCCAUGGGACCCGAUCCGGGAGGCCUACCGCAGUCUGGACCUCCAGCGCCGCCUGGAGCUCCCGGGCCACCGCUUCCCAGGCUUGUACGAGCCCGAGCGGGCGUAUCGGGACCGCGAGCCGCACGAUUACGCCCACCACGAGCAGCAGCUCCUGGAGGCACGGCGGGAACAGGAACGCGAGAGGGAGCGGUUGAGGCUCCGAGAGGAGCUGGACCGUGCACGGCUGCACCAGCUGCACCAGUCACCCAUGGAGGGCCACUUGCCCCACAUGCCCCCCUUCAUGUCCCCACUGGGGAGCCUCCACUACCCCAGGCUCAGCCCCUCUGCCCCACACAGUGGGCUUCUGAACCGAACGCCCCCCACUGCCACGAUCGGUGCACCUCCACCCCUGGUUCCCGCAGGCAGCGGCCGGCCCUCCUCCCCACGAAGGACAGUCCCGGACCCCCGCGACUAUUCCCCCUCCCGUAACCACAAGGAGGUAGAGGCCCGGUAGCUUCCGCAGAACAACACGACACAUUUUAAUAAUGUUUUAAUGGCACAACGUACUGCUUUGACAGACAUUAACAGCACCUUUUUGAGGCUGGCAUAAAUCAUACCGCGCUACUAAUCCACGUCACAGGUAACCAAGACAUGUCUGCUGGGCAUGAGAGUCUGCAGAAACAUUGAGUUGAAAAUACAUUCUUUGCAGGAGUAGUUCUUGAUAGUAAUAUAUCAGUCAUUAAGGCAUUUUUUUUUAUCUUUCACAUGCUACGUGAAUUUCUGAAUACUGAAUAUUGUAAAUUUCUUAUCUUCCCUGUACAGUCAUUUAUAUGAAUUUGUACUUUUUUGCGAGAUUCACUCAAGACUGUAUUUUAUUUUGGUGUUUAAUAUAAGAUCUUUCUUUAUUUAUCCAAGGGAGACACUGUCCCAUGGGCAAUGGUUUUAUUUUUAUUUCUGACAAUUUUACCAUGUUUGGUACCUGGAAAUACUCUAUAACAAAGUAAAGAGUUUUUUGUUUGUUUUUCUUUUGCUUAAUUUAGAUAUGCAGACAAAUCUAUGUUACAAAGUCUCUUAUUUAGUUUCUGUAAAAACACGAAAAUGUAAAUAUCUUGUUGAUAGUUACAAAUUACGUUGAUUAGGCUUUUUAAUUGUUUCUAGAUGAAAACCAAUUGGAAUCACCUAACGGAACGCUAUGGUGAGAGAGAGCAGAUGGUGGAACUUGGGUUCAGUAGAAGAGCGGGUGUAAGGAGCCACUGUUUGACGUAAUCUCUGAUCUAUGCAAAGCAGCACUGAAAAGCCCUGGCUGGGGAUGAUGGGGAGACCCUCCCCACAGGGGCAGGGCGAUUAAGGAUGCCCGUGUUCUGUGAAUCUGGUGUAUCACAGAAGGAUAGUAGUGUGACAUGGACUUCCGGGCCAUGGAGGCAGUUGUACAGAAACCAACACCCUUGUAGUCCCAGAGGAACAGACAGCGAAGGGAGGCACCAACGGUCCAGCGGCAGUAGACUCUCUGUGUCGACCUUGUGGUUUUGUGGUGUUUUGCUUAGACUCCUGUAUACGAGUUUUAGAUGUGCAAAAAAAAACUAAAGGAAAUUACACGGCAAAAAAUGGAAAAAAAAAUGAUGGUGACGAUGAAAUAAAAGUUUGAUUUAA